CAGUGUUAUCAUAGAAAUGUCAUUAGUCUCUCUUGGAAUUUUUGAUUUUCUAUGAAACCAUCAACAAAACAACUUGUUGCAACUAUUGUUCAUAUCUUAUUUACAGUAGAUAAACCUUGGAAACAACUGAAAAAGGACUUGGAAGAAUGUUUGUGUCAAGAAAAGAAGGAACUCAAGGCUUUAACGUGUUUGACCGCACUUGGAAGAGAUGGCCUGCUGGAUUCUCUUGAACACAGAAUCACUUGUUUAUUCCUUAUAUUCUCGCUAGCUCAAGUUGAAAUAGAGACAAAACUGACGGCUCCUGCGUUGGUUCUACUUGAAUUACUUGAAAGAGAAAGCACCCCACCUGAGGAACAACUAACAAUCGUGUGGUUGCUCAAGGAUAAGAAAAGAAGAGAAGAACUUUCUUGCAAGUCUUCCAAGGAUAACGCUGAGUUUUUGAAGCAACAGUGUAAAAUAAUCGAAAGCGAAGAUUUUGAAUCGGAAAAGUCUCAACUAUUAGAACUUUGGAAUAGUUGGAAACUGAAGCAAAAACCAACUGAGUUGGCUUGCAUUUCUGGGAUUAUUUUGGACCCUGUAACGAGCUUGGCUGGUAGUCCAAUCCCAAGCUUGGAUAGUAUCGAAGAAGAAUUCUUAGAACACUUGGGAGAAGAUGUUACCGUUCACGAUUUGGACCCUGUAUUUGUUAGACCUGCACCACCACUUUUGCCUCUUGGAAAUGACGAACUGAUGUUGAUUGAUCCAGAAACGAUUCACGAAGUUGUUUGGGAUAGAACAAUGUGUGAGAAGCUUCCUCAGGUGGAGGUCUUGAAAGAUUUAAUUAACAAAGCUUCAAAGGGACCCUUGCAACCUCAGCAACAGCAAAUGUUGAUUUCUCUUAUCGAGAAUCCUAGGCUUCUUCAUCGCUGUGGUCUAACUCCCGCCAAGUUGCCCGAGUUGGUUGAGAACAAUCCUGUUGUGGCAAUCGAAGUUUUACUUAAAUUUGUUUCUAGUAACAAGAUUUCGGAGUAUUUUUCAGCUCUUGUAAACAUGGAUAUGAGUCUUCAUUCCAUGGAAGUAGUAAAUAGAUUGACUACCGCGGUAGAGCUUCCUCCCGAAUUCAUUCAGAUGUAUAUAUCCAACUGUAUACAUUCAUGUGAAAAUAUUCGAGAUAAGUAUACACAAAACAGACUUGUUAGACUUGUUUGUGUGUUCCUGCAGAGUCUUAUUAAGAACAAAAUAGUGAAUGUUCAGGAUUUGUUCAUUGAAGUACAGGCAUUCUGUAUUGAAUUUAGUAGGAUAAGGGAAGCAGCUUCUUUAUUUCGUUUACUAAAGAACUUGGAAUGAUUCAUCCACAACCAUUCCCAUCCUAUCUACAAAGAG